AGCGGCUGCAAGUUGCUGCAAGCGUGAUGUGCUCUAGCGCGAGCGCUGUGUGUGGACAGGCUUGCCUCAUGAUAGUGGAUGGAUGGACCGUGGUAGGAGGGUACCACUGAGUCUGUUGUUCCCAUUAUUUUCCGAAUUUCUCGUGGAUUCCCUGACUUUUUGUUCUUUGGUGACGGGACGGGGGUCUGCACUGAAUGUCUUAGGUUGCGGCAGUCAUCUUUUAGAAAAAUACAUUCUGGUUCUGGCUCGUGGUUGAUACCGAAGAGAGAGUACGCUAGAGCCUACUCGUCCUGGAAAACGGCAGUCGGCGGUGGACAUUUUUUCCCCUUUUGUAUUUCCAUGCGCGUUGUGGAUUUUGGGAUACUGGCUAACUUUCACUCCAAGUUUAAACCUUUUAAGCUUUUACGGUGUACGAGUAAUGGGCUAGAGGGUUGUUUCCUUCUUUUAUAGCGCAUUUAGUCGAAUCAUACAUUUUUUGGUUUUGCAUACAGGAAGUGAUUCGAUGCAUCAAGAAAACUUGGCCAGACAAAAGACAACUUUUGAGAAGACAUUGUACAUGGAGCGAAGGACUAUAAUGCAUGUCAACUAGCUGGCUACGUCCGAGUGGAUGCAAACGAGCGUUUUAAAAUAAUAUAUUCAGUACAAAUUUGAUUUGGGAAGAAGAAAACCUCAUGUGGAUUUAAACCACUUUCGGGACAGUAUUUUUUCAGGACAAUAUAUGUGAGAGAAAGCGACUCACCAACCUACCUAAAUACCCAGCAACCUGGUAUUUAGAGAAGCCGGAGGAUGACGGCCAAGCGGAGCCUGUUCGUGCGCCUGGUGCCGUGCCGAUGCCUGCGGGGGGAGGAGGAGGUGGUGACCGCGCUGGACUACUCCCACUGCAGCCUGGAGCAGGUGCCCAAGGAGAUCUUCAGCUGCGAGAAGACCCUGGAGGAGCUCUACCUGGACGCCAACCAGAUCGAGGAGCUGCCCAAGCACCUGUUCAACUGCCAGACGCUCCAUCGGCUGAGCCUGCCGGACAACGACCUCACGGGAAUACCGCCAGCCGUCGGAAACCUUAUCAAUCUCAAGGAACUGGACGUCAGCAAGAACAGUAUUCAGGAAUUUCCAGAAAAUAUCAAGAACUGCAAGGCCUUGGCUAUUAUCGAAGCAAGUGUAAAUCCCAUCUCCAAGCUUCCGGAUGGAUUCACUCAGCUGAUCAGCCUCACCCAGCUCUACCUGAACGACGCCUUCCUGGAGUUCCUGCCCGCCAGUUUUGGCAGGUUAACCAAGCUGCAGAUUCUGGAGCUGAGGGAGAACCAGCUGAAAGCGUUGCCAAAGAGCAUGCACAAACUGACCCAGCUGGAGAGGCUGGACCUGGGCAGCAACGAGAUCUCAGAGAUGCCAGAAGUUGUGCCGCAGCUGUCCGGACUGAAAGAGCUCUGGGUGGAUGGGAACCGGCUGACAUCUCUGCCGGGGACGAUUGGAGCCCUGAAGCAGCUGACCUACCUGGACGUGUCCAAGAACAACAUCGAGAAGGUGGACGAGCAGAUCUCUGGCUGUGAGAAUCUGCAGGACCUCCUCCUGUCCAGCAACGCCCUGGCCCAGCUGCCCGGGUCUAUAGGCUCCCUGAAGAAACUGACCGCGCUGAAAGUGGACGAGAACCAGCUCUUGCACCUGCCGGACUCGAUAGGCGGGCUCACGGCUCUGGAGGAGCUGGACUGCAGCUUCAACGAGAUGGAGGCGCUGCCCUCCUCCGUGGGGCAGUGUGCAAACCUGCGAACCUUCGCCGCGGACCACAACUUCCUCACCCAGCUGCCCCCUGAGAUUGGGAAGUGGAAGACAGUGACCAUACUGUUUCUGCACUCUAACAAGCUGGAGACCCUGCCAGAGGAGAUGGGAGACAUGGACAAACUCAAAGUCAUCAACCUCAGUGACAACAAGUUGAAGAACUUGCCCUUCAGCUUCUCCAAGCUGAGCCGGCUGACUGCCAUGUGGCUGUCCGAAAACCAGUCCAAGCCACUCAUUCCCCUGCAGAAGGAGGAGGAUGAGGAGACCCAUAAGACUGUGCUCACAAACUACAUGUUCCCACAGCAACCGAGGACAGAGGACUACAUCCACGUCUCUGACAAUGAGAGCUUCAACCCCUCCCUGUGGGAGGAGACGCGCAAGCAGAAGGCGCAAGUGGCCUUCGAGUGCGACGAGGACAAGGAUGAGCGGGAGGCCCCUCCGCGGGAGGGCAAUCUGAAGCGCUACCCGACCCCGUACCCCGAGGAGCUGAAGAACAUGGUGAAGACGGCCCAGAGCAUCGCCCACAGGCGCAAGGAGGAGGGCUCGGGGGAUGAGGCGGACAGAGAGGCCAAACUGCCGGAAGUGGGUCUGCAGGACGUAGGAGUGAAGGUAAUUGAACUUGCCGGAGGCCAGGGGGAGACGGUGGAAGGGGAUCCAACUGCAGCAGCAGCUGCUGUUAACGGCUCUGAGGUCCCCAGCACACCCGAGCCCACGCCCGAACCCGUGGACACGCCGGACGACCCAAACGUCCAAACCGCCCCACAGACCCUCAACAACGGGACGGCAGAUACUCACGAGCAGCCUCCCACGCAGGAGCCUGAGGAGUCGGGGAAGGAGGAGAUGAAGAUGGCGGAGAUGCGUCCUCCUCUGAUUGACAGCUCCAACUGCCAGCCCAAGGUGGUGACGCUCAGCAAGGACAAGAAAGAUGACGGUAAAGAUGCAGACUCUCUCCUCGACGAAGCGAUGACCAACAGUAACCAGAACAACAGCAACUGCUCGUCUCCCUCGCACAUGUCCGACACCGUGUCGAUGACCACGGACAGCAGCCCGGACAUCUCCGUCUGCACACCUGAGAGGGAGGCUAGGCCGCCCGUCACACGUCAGUGCAGGCUUGAGGAUGAAAAUCAGAACCAGCUGGAGGACACGACGCCCCUCCUGCAGAACGGGAACGGGCCUAACCCGUCUCCGCAGCCCGUGGGGAACACCCAGCAGGAGCACGAGUCGAGCACCGAGAAGACGAGCGAGCCUGAGCUCGCCGCGGAGGAGAGGCUGACGCUCAUCGACGGGGACCUGGACCUGAGAAACGGCGUGGGAGACCCCUACAGCAGGUGGGACCAGGUGAACAUGAACGUGUCCCAGCUGUUGCCGGACAACGGGGUGCAGCUUCGCGGCCUCGGAGAGACCCUGGACGUCUACGCCACCGGGGACCUUCAGAAAGGGUCGGCUGAGGACAACAACAACGAGGGUCCCGCCCGGGUGCUUCUUCUGAACGGGAACCAGGCCCAGAAGCUGACCUUCGCCGAACACGUCAACGGGCACACGGACGAAAUGGCGAAGUUUGAGGUGGUUCAGAGCGCCAAGGUGGACGUGGCGUCCAGCGGCGAGCUGCCGCUCUCCCAAAAGGCGGAGGAGCUCUCCACCCUGAGAAGAGGGCCCUCCAGCGCCGUGGUCAAGUCCCAGAGCGACUCCAACGUGCCGGCGGGCGGGAUGACGGUCUGCGGCGUCGAUGGCGGCGGCGGGUCAGACGAGGCCAGAAUGGCGGAGGCCGCCGCCCAGGGCCAGAGCUUCGCUCGGAGCAACUCCGCCUCCCUCCUCGACGACUACGCGGUUCCGCUCUACCCAGGAUCCUCGGCGGCCUCCCCAGACUUCCUCCCCGCCUCCAGGGCCCCGGUCAGGUGUGACGCCAGCGCGGGAGGGAGGGUGUCGGUCCCCGCCGGCGUGCCCCCGCCCCAGUACAACAUCCAGUACACCAGCAGCGCUGUGCCCGCCGACAACCUUUGGGCACAGAGGACCCCGGUGCCACCCGACCAAAUGUACCUCCCUCCCCCCCAUCACUCCCUGGCCAACACCAACUACUCCAACCGCAACAACGCCCCGCCUUACCUCCACCCGCCCCACCAGAGGGCCCCGCCCAGGUCUGUGGAAGGCUGGGGCAAGGACCGGUACCCCCCGAGGGCCCCCGUCCAGAGGCAGGGCAGCACCUGCUCCAACGCCUCCCUGACCUACCAGGACGCCCGCCGCAUGCACGAGGGGGAGUACAUGACCUACUGGGAGAUCCAGGCCAUGGGGCGGGGCCCCCCGCCGCAGAUGGUCCACCGAAUGCAGCAGCAGCGCCCCCUCUCGGCCCGCACGUACAGCAUGGACGCGUCCGGCCCCCCCCGCCCGCAGAGCGCCCGGCCGCCCCCCCACGAGCUGCCCGAGAGGACCAUGUCCGUGGGCGAGUUCGGCUACCAGCGCCCCAGCCCCAGGAGGUGGCGUGGCCCCCGCGUGCAGUCGGAGGACUCCGUGCUGGACGGCCCCGGCGGCCUGUCCCCCGGGGACUGGAGGGACAAGAUGGUGCACCACGUCGGCGCCAAGAGAACCGAAAAGGUGCCUUACGUGAACGGACAGAUGUGCCCGAGGGGGCGACCCCAGAUGACCUGCGGCCAGAUGCCCAUGGCCCGGCACCCGUCCCGCGAGCAGCUCAUAGACUACCUGAUGCAGAAGGUAUCCCAGCAGCCCCUGGGGCCGCCCUGCUCGCCGCUGGAGCGCAUGCAGCAGGAGCUCCGUGUGAAAAUUGAGAAGAAUCCGGAGCUGGGCUUCAGCAUAUCAGGAGGAGGCAGAGGCAAUCCCUUUCGUCCAGAAGAUAAUGGAAUAUUUGUGACAAGGGUCCAGCCAGAGGGACCUGCAUCAAAAUGCCUGCAGCCAGGAGACAAGAUUCUACAGGCGAACGGAUACAACUUUGUUAACAUUGAUCACGGCCAGGCGGUCUCGUUGCUAAAGAAAUUUCCCAACACUGUGGAACUGAUCAUUGUCAGAGAAAUACCGGUAUAGCAGCAAGAGGAAGAAGAGGCCCAGACAUUUUAGGAGAGAUUUUGGGAAAAGGAGAGGGGAAAUAAAGAAGCAUUUUCUUUAAUAUCCUUAUACACAGAGCAGCCAGUUUUUUUAAAGCAGUAUUUGAACUGCAGUGAACGAGACUGGUGCUUUGGUAAAGGAGGAGUGGGCAGAUCUGGUGCACAUCGGUGGACCCUUGCUUUAUUUUUUUACUACUAUUGCCAGUAAAAUGCUGGACUACUUUUUUUUGAAAGAAAAACAAACGUAGUGCGUUCUGUACAGACUUGUAGAUUUUAUCUUUGGAAAUUUGUCUUAUACAUUGAAUACAAUAUAUAUAUUGUCGUUAAGCCUGGAUGUUAGGUAGCCACUAGGGGGCAGGGCUCAUUGUUUGUAACAGUCUGUGUGCCUUCAUUUUCAUGUUUUUUUGUUGUUGCUGAAACCUGGACUUCACUGUGCACGUCGUGGAAGGCAAAGUGCUGUUGCAGUGCCAGACUAAAGUCUUCAUUCAUUCGAACUGCAUGAAUUCAGUCCUUCUGUCGCCGAAUCUGACAGCGAAGGUGCUUUGGACAGACGUCAUGUGCUCCGAGCAGCCAUGCGUGGCCGGAUACUGCGGACGCAUCUGGAUUGGAGCGACGUGUUUAACGCAGUGGGAUAAAGCCAGCGAUUCGAUUCGUCCUUUUGGGCAGUGCCCCCCCCCCCACGUACACUACGAAACACUGAUUUGUCACACACGUCCCAAAGUAGUCCCUGUUAAGUCGGCCUCUACGCCUCUCCCUCUGGAUCUGAAGACGCUUCUGAUCUCCGGACUCAGAAAUGCGAUAAACGACCUCGAGGAUGGUGAGCUACGACGCGGGAGGACGGGACGGUGCUCAGCCUUAAUUUACCCCACUGGUGGAGUGCAAAGCCAGUAAAGACAGGUGCUAGGUAACCAAAGCAAGUACUCUAAGUGGGCACGGAGGUAGGCCGCAAGUUUGCUGAAGAUAAUGUUAGUACAUGUUAGUACAGGCUUCAGGCCCUUUCUACUGGCUCAUGAUCACAAAGGACUUCAGUCAGAAAUCAACAAUUUCCAACUAGGAAGCUCAUAAUCACUCAUUAUUUUACUGAAAUGUUCUGCACAUUUUUAUCAGUGUUGUACAUAUGGUUAAAAAAAAAAAAGUAACUGCUUUCCAUUGGUUAAAUCGGCAUGCUCAUUCAAACUGUGAGGUUUAAAAGAAAAAAAUUCUUUCAUGCUGAAAUAACAUUUACUGUCUGGAUUUUUGUCUUGGUGUGAAAAAGGCCAGGAACUGGAGUGGGACGUGACGUGUCACACACCUGGAGUUGUGUGAAUAUGGUUCUGUUAACCGUGCCCUGUAGAAAGAGCGAUAUUCACUCGCAGCCACGGCAAGGGAGAGAGCGAGUCUUAUUCACAACUCAGAGUUCGGAGGCUUUUAAUCAGAGAGAAACAUCAGCAUGCAUUUUGGAAGCCCUUUAAUUACAUUGUAAUUGUACAUGAUUUUAUACUGGACUUUUUUAAAUGAUGAAAAUAUAGGAAAUCAGUGAGGUUUUUUAAAGAUUUUUAUUUGAGUAUGGAAUAUAAAUUUGUCAUGUUUUGUAAUGUCUGACGUGCCCAGUAAUUUUGACAUAAACAUGCAAGCAAUAGAAAUCAGACCAGCAUUCACUAGACCUGAUACUGACACACUGAGCUGCAGUUACUGAAUGGUGCAAAUGUGAGACUUUCAACUGCUGUUAUGAAAUAAUUCAUUUGAGUGCAUGCCAAGUAAAACUCAUUUUAUGUGUCAUUUUGAAAAUAUAUUUUUUACUAAAAAUGCUUUCAUGACUCAUACUUACAAUGGUUCGACAGACAUUAGGGAGUCUAUAUGUUGUAGUAUUAACUUUUCAUUUAAGUGUUCGUGUAAACACACCUGGGGUCCACUCUAUCAAAUCUUAUUUCCAUUAUCGUUAGUUUAAUCAUUUCAAUUAUUAAAUUAAGUGCACAUUAACAUUUCAGUCAUUAAUGUACCUUAUUUUAUUUCUCUUCUUCAUAACACAACUGCGAACAGUACAUUCAUCAUUUCAUCUUUGUGAUCUCUUGCAGUUUAUAAAAAAACUUGUAGUUAAGAGCUUGUUGGGAUAGGUCAUUUUUAUUUGUACAUUGUUGUAUGAGCUUAUCUUACAUAAAACAAUCUACCUGCUUGGGGAAAAAAUCAUAUCAAAUUCAUAUCUAAUGAAAAUUCAUGGCCUUUGAUUUCUUUUGAAUUCAUGUAACUUUAUCACCUCCCUGAUUUGGAUCAAGGUGACAGUCCCUCUUCUUUCAGGAUGAGGAACAUUGAUGUCUUACUGUAAAAUGUCCACAGUAAAUGAGUGCUAUAUUGUGCCUGAUACAGAACAACUGUGAAGGGGAACUUUGUGAGGUCUCCUGGUAUAUAUAUAUUUACUGCAAAGAGGCUAUCUACAUUUUACAUUAACACGUCAUUUAGGAAUUAAAGUAUAAGUGUGGUCAUCUAACAUUCCUAUUUCAUGUCCUUAUAUAACCACUGUCUUUUCCCUUACGUUGCCACAUUUGUUGUUUUUAAUUUAUUUUUCUAUCUGUUUUGUAUCUGUGCUUAUUUUCUGUGAUAGAAAAUACUAAUUGAAGUGUACAUACUUUUAAGUUAUAAGAUAAAAACAUGGCAUUAGUGUCAUGACUUUUUAAAACUUAAAUUGCGAAACUGAAAACAUUUUUUUACACUAUAAGUUGAAACGAACGAUUUGCAUUACUGAACAUUCCAGACUAUGUUUAUAUUCACUCUAAUUCUGAUGUAGCCUUUGUAAAAUGUGAAAUAAACUAAUGCUCUUGGACAUUUGGGAUAGCUAU